AUGCCAGCACAACCACAAACACAAGUUCCAAACACCAUGGAUGAUGUAUUAAAAUAUAUCUCAACUGUUACUGCAGAACAUGAUAAUUUCGAAACUAUCAGCAAAAGAAUUGCUCCAACCUUAAAAGAAGUUCAACCACAAGUUUUUGCACAAUCUACUUCAGACGAUAGAGAUCCUCUUGAUCUUUUGGAUCCUAGUACUUCCAGUUUAGUUUACGCAUAUCUUCUAGCUGCACGAUUUCAUGUUGAAAGUUCAAAUUCCACACGUUUAAUACAAUAUAUUAUUCAAUACUUGUCCGUAUUUGAUGCUAAUCAAGUUCGAUUGGUACCAGAUAAAUGUACACAUCUUCAUAACUAG